AUGUUUGAGAAAUUUGACUUUACCAAAUUGCCCUUGAAAUAUGCCUUACUCAAUCCGAGUGGAGAAUCAAGAAAACAGUGGCAUCAUCAGACUUUGGUCAGAAGAGGAAGACAUGGGGUUUCUCUUGUUCUUCUCUCCCACCGCUUCCAAGAUGUUAUGCUGAUCUGUGGUCUUGCUAUUUCCCCUUGUGAUCCUUUUGUGUUGAUGAUCAAGAAGUGUGGUUAA